AUGCAAUCCCACUGAAGUCCUCGUGGGUGAUGACAUGUUCGUACGCACCUUCAGGAAACAUGGUGGCGUGUGGAGGCCUUGACAACAUGUGCUCCAUCUAUAACCUGAAGGGCAAAGAUGGCAACGUGAAGGUCAUGCGUGAGCUCGCAGCACACACAGGUUACUUGUCCUGCUGCCGCUUCCUGAAUGACAAUGAGAUCAUUACCAGCUCUGGAGACUGUACCUGUGUUCUGUGGGACAUUGAGACGGGAUCGCAGAAAACCGUGUUCGCUGGUCAUCUGGGUGACUGUAUGUCUCUGGCUGUGGCCCCUGACUUCAACACUUUCAUCUCAGGAGCCUGUGACUACACAGCCAAACUGUGGGACAUCCGUGACGGCCAGUGCAGACAGACAUUUGGAGGCCAUGAGAGUGACAUCAACGCUAUUGGG